UGACAGUUUAUCGUAACGUAUCAAUGGGCAGUCCCAUGUAGUACGCAAUGGAUGUACGAUACUCGCAUUCAUUCGAUCAAGUGCCAGAAUCGAGCUCCUCCCUGUCUGACGCUCCCUCUCACGAUGCCCUGACGGAAGGCUUCCAGUCGCGAGCAACCUCGCUCGACUCGUCACAUCACUCGGGCAUUAACACGACCCGGAACCUGCAAAGCACGAACUCGCCUCAAAAUUUCAACGCUGCUCAGGGUGCACAGACAACCUCACAUGGCUGGGAUACAUCAAUAUUUCCCGCAGCACAACAAAAAAGCACAGCUUCGUCUACAAGCACUCCGUCACAUGUCCCAUCACAAAUAAUAUCAGCAACGCCGAGACGCAGUAGUACGAAGACAACUAUCGAUUCCGCGAAUUUCUCAAACACGAAAGGCGUCGCCAAGGCAGACGAAGAUGCUUCGCGUUCAGCUGUACGUGGUCGUGGCAGAGGUGGACGGCCAAAAGGUCGAGGCCGAGGCGGCAAAAGCAGCAAACGCAAGCGCUCAGACGAUGAGGACGGUGAUUCAGACUCUAGUGAAGUCAUCACACCAGUCACUACUGUCACGAAAUCAGGUCGCUCAAUUCUGAAACCUUCGUCCUUUGUUCCGCCACCGAUGUCUCCUCCAACAGCAACCAAACGAAAACGUCCUUUUCGACAGCGCAAUCCGGAGAAUGCCGUCUGCAAAACGUGUCUACGCGGUAGUAGUCCUGCCAGCAAUAUGAUCGUGUUUUGUGAUGGGUGCAAUUCUCCAUACCAUCGUUACUGUCACAAGCCUCCCAUCGACCAAGCUGUCGUGGACGAGGUUGACAAAGAAUGGUUUUGUCGGAACUGUAGAGUUGACGUGGUUGUCCCUGAUCCUGUCCCUGUCCCUGUCCAAGUUUCUAUUCCAGACAUAGAUCCUGCAGGUCUUGUCAGUGUCGAGGGUGCGACUCUCGAACAGAGGCAACGAUAUUUCUCCACUCUGCCUUCAGAUGUGCUUGUCAGCCUUCUAACCAGGGCAACAACGAUCCAGCCAGACUUGCCACUAUUCACCCGGGAGUUCAAAGCAUCUGCAGAUCCACGCAUAUCCCCGUCAGCUGAUCAAAGACUCAUCGCAGACCAGAUCUCACAACAGCCACCAAUUGCAAGUCCGCCGCUUCAAAGUUCAACUAAUGCAGCAAAGCCAAGCUCUCACGGAGGUGACCCUGUAGACUAUGAGAGCGAUUCAAAGGAAGAUGAAUUGUCAGGUGACGGCUCACGAACACAUCCGGCCAAUUAUCCGUUGCCUGGACAGGGUCUGAUGAGCACACUGAAGGAUCGACAGAAUUUCCAAUGGCUUGUGGAUCCAGACGACGCCAAGAACGGAGUGUACACACAUGUCUACCGGGCACCGCACAAUGGCAAGAUGUAUCCAGCGACGCCGCCUGUGCGAGGCUGAGAUGUGAUAGUCAGAGGUGCUAGAUCACGCGACUCUCGGAGCCGCUGAACGACGAUCAAGAAGUCCGAUGGAUGUACAAUAAUACCAGCCUCCGCAAUACGAUGAGGGCUGCUCUCUGUAAUUGUAACAUCAUUAAUUUGUAAUUUGGAGUAUCACACGAUGAAUUGUUGUGGAGCCGAACACCGAC